CAUGCGCUGUCUUUCCGCGGUAAUUGGGGCUGUUUCUACCACCAACUGGAGGAGACUCGGGCUCCCGGUGUUUCUGCCCGGGCUACCUUGCCAGUGCUCCUCCGCGCCAGAGCAGGUCUGCAGGCUCCUCGGGUCCACCCGCGGCCCGCCCCCGGCUGCUCGCCGCGGCGACUCUCAGGCACACGUCGCCUCUUAGCAGAAGCUCUCCUGACCGGUCCUCUGCACAAAGGCCUCCCUCGCAGGUUGCUUCGUCGCCCUUGCCGCUGUCGGGAGCAGUGAGAAAAAUGAGGCCUGGUGAGAUUAAGGUUCCAGCUUAAUCUGAGUGGCAGAGGUUCUAUUCAGACUCUGGUGGGCCUGCUAGUUAUGCCCUGGAAAAAACUCAGUGGAGAUUCUUCUAGACACAAAAUGAGUCUGUUCGGAACAACCUCAGGUUUUGGAACUGGCGGGACCAGCAUGUUUGGCAGCACAACCACAGACAAUCACAACCCUAUGAAGGAUAUUGAAGUAACAUCUUCUCCUGAUGAUAGCAUCGGCUGUCUGUCUUUUAGCCCACCAACCUUACCGGGGAACUUUCUUAUUGCAGGAUCGUGGGCUAAUGAUGUUCGCUGCUGGGAAGUUCAGGACAGUGGGCAGACCAUUCCAAAAGCCCAGCAGAUGCACACUGGACCCGUGUUGGACGUCUGCUGGAGUGAUGAUGGGAGCAAAGUAUUUACAGCAUCAUGUGAUAAAACUGCCAAAAUGUGGGACCUCAAUAGUAACCAGGCAAUACAGAUUGCACAGCAUGAUGCACCUGUUAAGACCAUACAUUGGAUCAAAGCUCCAAACUAUAGCUGCGUGAUGACCGGGAGCUGGGAUAAGACWCUGAAGUUUUGGGAUACCCGGUCAUCAACUCCCAUGAUGGUCUUGCAGCUCCCUGAGAGGUGUUACUGUGCCGAUGUGAUCUACCCAAUGGCCGUGGUGGCGACUGCAGAGAGGGGCCUGAUCGUGUAUCAGUUAGAGAACCAGCCCUCUGAAUUCAGGAGGAUAGAAUCUCCACUGAAGCACCAGCAUCGUUGUGUGGCUAUUUUUAAAGACAAACAGAACAAGCCGACUGGCUUUGCCCUGGGGAGCAUCGAGGGGAGAGUUGCUAUUCACUACAUCAACCCCCCAAAUCCUGCCAAAGAUAACUUCACCUUUAAAUGUCAUCGAUCCAACGGAACCAAUACUUCAGCUCCACAGGACAUCUAUGCGGUAAAUGGAAUCGCAUUCCACCCUGUUCAUGGCACCCUGGCAACCGUGGGAUCCGAUGGGAGGUUCAGCUUCUGGGACAAAGACGCCAGAACAAAGCUGAAGACUUCCGAGCAGUUAGAUCAGCCGAUAUCCGCCUGCUGCUUCAACCACAACGGGAACAUAUUUGCUUACGCUUCCAGCUAUGAUUGGUCCAAGGGACACGAGUUUUAUAAUCCCCAAAAGAAAAAUUACAUUUUCCUUCGUAAUGCAGCUGAAGAGCUAAAGCCCAGGAAUAAGAAGUAGCAACCUGAGAUUUCUGGUUGUCCAGAGUUGUUUUCUCUCYGCUCUGAGGGCCCCAGCUAUGGGUACCUCUGCCAUGGACGUGGAUUCCAACCCCUGGAGGACACAGGUCACUGCUGAGCAGGCAGCCCAGCUGUCCACGGCAACUUGCCGCCUCUGUUCUACUACUUGCUGCAGAGUUUUCUUAUAACUCUAAGGGGAACAAAAUUAUUAUAGAAGUUAGAGUCUUGUGGGCAGUGCCAGGUAUUUUACUGUGCUUCCUUCAGCAGCAUAUGUGUUAGAGAAUUUGGGGAAACCAAGUAUCAACCCUGUAUUGUAUUUUGUAAUAAAAUAUUUUGAAGGUUGCCGCUAGCUCUUUCUGUCCUUCUCCCCUGUCCUGCCUGCCCUGAGUCCUCAGCAGUGAUUAUCCUGCUCAGCAUCAACACUGGGCUGUGAGUUAUUUUCACCCAUCUUGGGAAAUGGAGAAAUCUCGCACCUUAGAGAAUGAAUCCCGAGCUGUGAUCACCCCUGCCCUGUGGCAUGUCCCAGUCCCUCCAUGUGUUGGCAAGCAGAGUGGAAUGGUUUUCCUUUUGCUUCCCUUUAGAAUUCCCAGUGCUCCCCGGCUCUACUGGGUAGUUUCCUGGCCAUUCUGAAGUGGGAACUGUCCUCUUCCUAAGAGACAGGACUUUGGUGGGCUGCCUUACAAGGCCCAGAUGGGUGGCAUUUGUGUGGUCUUCAGGUUAAAACCAGGUCCCCUGCGUGGGAAUUGCUCUGAACUUGUGCCCCCAGUGGUGGUCAUGUUGAGGGUUGCUCUUUCACUCUGGAAAUGCCCUGACUGGUAAGUAUCCAAAAUGAAACUCGGUGUUUGUUGUUUGAGGCUGUUGUACCCUGUGGUUCCAAGCACUGCGAAUGCCAUGUUGCUUUGGGGUUGCUGACUGUGGAGAUCUGACAUCA